AUGGCUCCGAAUAGUUCGCUGCCCCACACCUGCCCCGAGGGCGACCUCUCGGCCGAGCUGGUCAUUCGUCCACACACUCGCCUCCGGGUUGACUUGAAUGUCGCUCAUUUGGAGCCUUCAACGUCUCAAUCCAGAAGGGCCCGUCCGCGCCGCUCAUCAUCGAGGGACCCACCCUCCGCCGCGCAGACUACUGUUCAGCCCAACCAGAUUCCAGACUGGAGUAACCUCAAAGUCAUACACCGCAACACGCUACCGCCCAGAAGCCAUUUCUUUUCAUAUAACUCGGACGCCGAUGCGUUAGUGAACGACCCCGGCCGGGCGAGAAGUCUCUUGCUCUCCGGACUGUGGGGUUUCGACCUCGCCGAGAGCCCCUUUGGUGGGCCCAGGGACUUCUAUAAGCCAGACUUUGAUAAUGCGGAAUGGCCACUCAUCAAAGUCCCGGGCAUGUGGCAAUGUCAAGGUUUCGGCAAAGGGCCUCAGUACACCAACGUGAACUAUCCCUUCCCUGUGAACCCGCCCCAUGUUCCUUUCGAUGAUAAUGAAUGCGGGCGAUAUAUCACCAGGUUUGCUGUGCCGGACCAGCUGAAGGAUGGCACCCAGUGGAGGCUGAGAUUCGAGGGAGUGGAUUCUUCCUUUACAGUCUGGCUGAACGGAAGAGAAGUUGGUUACUCUCAGGGUUCCAGAAAUCCCAGUGAGUUCGAUGUGACGAGCUAUCUGGAUGUCGACUCUGUGGAAAAUUACCUCGCUGUUGAGGUCUACCAACGGUGUGACGGAAGCUACAUCGAAGACCAAGACCAAUGGUGGCUGAGUGGCAUCUUCAGGGAUGUCUGGCUACACUCCUUCCCAUCAAUACGUAUUGAAGACUUCCACGUCCAGACAAAGAUUGAUGACGAUUAUAUCGAUGCCACAUUGGAUGUCACUGUACAGUUGAACGUACCACAAGCACGUGUGGCUUUGAAACUCCUGGAUGAUGAUGGGAAGGCCAUCAUAGACGAUGUUCACUCGUCUGAUCAAACAAUUGUCCCAUGCCAGCACCGCCUCAAGUCACCUAAGAAAUGGACCGCUGAGGAACCUAACCUCUACACUUUGAUACUGUCUGUAGGGACUGUGUAUGUUUCUCAGAAGAUUGGUUUUCGCAGAACAGAACUCAUCGGCGGUGUGUUCUGUGUCAAUGGCUCGCCAGUCAAGAUUCGUGGCGUGAAUCGUCACGAACAUCAUCCUGAGUCGGGAAGAACUGUUCCUUACGACUUUCUUAAGGACGACCUCCUCCAGAUGAAGUUCUACAACAUCAACGCUCUACGCACCUCACACUACAUUAACGACCCGAGGCUCUAUGAAAUAGCAAACGAGAUUGGGCUCUGGGUUCUGGACGAGGCUGACCUCGAGUGUCAUGGAUUUGGGGAGGUAGGGGGCGACCCAGCCAGUUUCACUUCCGAUAACCCAGAUUGGAAAGAAGCAUAUGUCGAUCGUGCGAAGCAGAUGGUGACGAGGGACAAGAAUCAUCCUUGCAUCAUUAUGUGGUCUCUAGGCAAUGAGUCUUUCUAUGGUCGUAACCAUCAGGCCAUGUACGACGAGAUCAAGAGGGUUGACCCCAGCCGCCUGAUCCACUAUGAAGGCGAUCAAGAUGCUCAGACUGCCGACGUCUUCAGUCGUAUGUAUACGUCUGUUAGCGACAUGAUCAAGCACGCCGGAGAGAGAGAAUGGAAAAAGCCAUUUGUCAUGUGCGAGUUCGCUCAUGCAAUGGGCAACGGACCCGGUGCCAUCAAGGAAUACAUUGAGGCUUUCUAUAAGUAUCCGCGUUUGAUGGGUGGAUUUGUUUGGGAAUGGGCCAACCACGGGUUGAAAGCAAAGAACGCUGAUGGCGAGGAUUACAUGGCCUACGGCGGUGACUUUGGUGAUGAUCCGAACGACUACAACUUCGUAAUGGACGGCCUAUGUUUUGCGAAUCAUGGACCUGGUCCUGGCCUGUGGGAAUAUGCGAAAGCCAUCGAGCCAGUUCAAGUUACAGGCGUCAACGGCCUGGAAGUGGAAAUCGUCAAUCGUUAUGAUUUCCUGACCCUGGACCAUCUCGAGUGCUACUGGGGGUUUAUUACCGACAGAGAACAGGUCAUCGGACGCCACGUCCAGAUCCCUAAAGGCAUCAAGCCCCACGCAAAAGCAAAGCUGGUUGUCGGUGGUAUGCCCCGAGCAUUUGCAUCAGAAGCCUGGCUCCGCUUGGAAUUCGUGCUCGGUAAACGGACCCCAUGGGCGUACCCAGGCCACGUGGUUGCGGUCAGCCAAGUUCCAUUGAGCCGGCCAAGGUCCUUAACCAUGCUCAAGACUCUUUCGAGCCCAGCUGUGCCAGGCAUCAAACGCACCGAAGGGGCCAUCAAAGUUGUCCUAACAAAUGGCACCAUCUUCGGUUUCAGUCAAGUUACUGGUGCAUUCAACUUCCUAUCCAACCAGAACCAACCGGAGCACAACCUCAUUACGGAAGCUCCGGCGUUGGACUUUUACCGCGCCUUGACAGAUAAUGAUAGAGGCGGCCACGGCAAAGAAUGGAUAGACUGCCGUCUCCAUCAGACCCGUAACCACUAUACUAAAGUAACCACUAGAGAGGGCAAUGGUGUCCUAGAGAUCAUCGUUGAAGGCAGGGUUGCCCCCCCAGUACUGGCUUGGAGUGUAGACACGGUGACAACAUACACAAUCACGGCCGAUUUUUGCAGUGUACGCAUCAAAGCCAAACCCCGAGGCCAACUGUUGCCAACAACCUUUGCCCGUUUCGGGUUGACCUUCGGGCUGAAGGAUGUCAGGAUUGUGGAAUGGUUUGGCCGUGGCUACGGCGAGUCAUAUUGUGACAAGAAGGAGUCACAGCACAUGAACACGUAUGGCACAACCGUGGACGGAUUGUUUACAAAUUACGAUUUCCCUCAAGACUGUGGCAACCGAACGGACGUUCGGUGGGUUGAGUUGCGCGAGGACUGGGGAGCCGAGUUGGAAGGGAGGUUGCUGCGGGCGCGGUUUGGGGAUCACGACGGCGCAAGCUUCAGUGCCAUGCACUACACCACGAAAGACCUGGACGAAUGUACCCAUCCGUAUGAGCUCCGCAAGCGCAAGAGGGAGGACACUGUUGUUCGGUUGGACUGGUAUCAUCACGGACUGGGAACAGCGAGCUGCGGACCAGCCACAUUACCGCAGUAUCAGCUGCGGACAGACCAGGAGUUUGAAGUCGAACUCCUCUUAGAUUAG